AUGAUAAAUAUUCCAUCAUCAUUUGCAUUAGAUAAUGAAAAUCAAAAUACAAACGAUCAAACAGAACUAUCAAAUAAGAAAAAAGAUUAUAUAAAACGUCAUCGUCUAUCAAUAAUAAAUGAAUAUUUAAUGAAUACAUCUACACAUGGUUUAAAAAGUUUAGGUUUGGCUUAUAACAGUUUCAAUGGUCUAUUUUAUUAUUAUCAUUAUCCAACUCAAACAAUAAUUGAAAUUAAAUCUGAAACGGAAUUGAAUUUUCCAGCCGUUAUAUGUUGUAAUUCAAAUCCAUUUCGCUACGAUAAAAUAAAUGAAUCAUUUAAUAAUUAUUUAUUAAAUACAAAUUGUACAUAUAUCCAUAAUAAUGUCUAUUGUAUGAAACAAUUUAUAAAUAAUUUAUUUAAUUCGAAUAAUCAAACACAAGUAGUUAAUUAUGGCUAUGAUAUAAAUGAUUUAUUAGCCGGUUGUAAUUAUAAUAUAUUAAAUUGUCGUCAUAAAUUAAAAUAUAUUCAAUUUAUGUCUCCCUCCUAUGGUAAUUGUUUUACAUUUAGCCACUGAAAAGACAUCGAAUGGGUGGGGAUCUUCCAUUCUCUGACUAUAACAAAAUUAACCAUUUCGCGUUUACUCGAUGAACUAUGAAAGCUGAACUACUAUCGAUCCAUAAAUACAGUGCAGAGUGGCGUUUUUUCGAAUAACUUUUUAUGGAAAAGUCCUAGCGAUCUACGGUUUUUACCAUCGUGUAGAGGACGAUUUUUGCUCUUAGAAAAAUAGUAAGCCUCACAAGGUGCACCACCUGUAGGUGGUAAGUCUUAUCGAUCUUUGAAAGAGUAGGUUGCUGAACUAAGAAAAAAAAUGCAAAAAAUUUUCCCCCGAUGCUGGCUCGAACCACUAGACCUUCCCCUACAAAUCCGCGAAAGAACCAAAUCGCUAUCUCUAAUCAUUCGGGCAGGGUUGGGGGGUUUUUGUGGG